CUCUGACCUCUGGUGUCCGCGUUACUUCCGUGUUCCGCUCACCUGUUACACCUGUAUUACAGCGCUGUAGCCUGCUGUAGGUGCGACUCCUGUUCUGCCGGUGCACCUGUUGCGUUAUUGUGCCAUGACCGAGGAGCUCCUACAGUGCGAUUUAACGUGCGUUUCCUCGUCGGCUGACACGGCGGAGACUUUAGACGUCGUGAAAACCCUGGAAAUGGACUGUCAGCAGCCUAUUUUCUCCGUGUUGGGCGGCGGUGUGAGGCAGCGACAGCAGCAGGAGGGGGACACCGUCGUAUCGAUCUCACCGGCGGCCACCACCACCAACGACUCCGAGUCCGGGAUCUUCUCUGGCGAAAGUGAGCUCUGCGUGGAGCACGAGUCCGAGCUGGACUGGUUCUGUGGCACCGAACAGAAGCUCAUCUGCUCCCAUUGCGCCAUCGUGGGCCCCUGCCACCGCCACACUGUGACCCCUCUGGCCACCAGAGUAACCGCAGUCAGGAACCAACUGGUGGAUGUGUGUGAGAAAAUACAGCUGCAGGCACUGAGGAUUGAGAGGUUUAUCGACCAGACAUUGACAGCCAAAGAACAAAAGCUUCAGGCGGCGGCGAACAGGGCGAGGGAGCAGGUGGUGGCUCAGGUCAGCGCAGCACGUGAAGCCCUGGAGGAGGAGGAGCAGCGUCUCCUGGAGGAGGUGCAGAGAGAGGAGGAGCGGGUGGAGCAGUGUCUCCUCACCCAGAGAGCCCACUGGAGUCAGGCUUUGACCAGCCUGUCGCAGACACGCUCCAGCCUCGUGCACACGCUGACACACACUCCGGACACACAGCUGGCGACUAAUGUUCAGGAGAUAGCCGAAAGGGUGGAGGAAGCAGAGGGGGUCGGGGUGCCCUGCGACACAGACCAGCUCAACCUCAACCCAGGCUGCAGUGACAGCAAGCUGCUCAGAGGUCUGUGGGCCACUGCAGUGCUGCUGGGGCCCAAAGCUUAUGGAUCGACUUAUCUUAAGUUUGAUGAACGCACAGUGAGCCCUCUCCUGUCCCUGUCUGACGACUUCUGCACUUUGACCUUCUACCACAAAAAAGCUCGCCAAUCCCUGCCCUACGACCCAGCACGGUUCGACAGCUGGCCCAACGCACUGGGUUCACCGUCCAUGUCCUCCGGCACCCACAGCUGGGUGGUGGGUGUUGGUCAGAGCGCUGCCUUUAAGGUCGGGGUCUGCUACGCCUCUAUAGAGCGCAAAGGCUCCGGGAACGAGGCCCGGCUGGGCUACAACAGUCAAUCUUGGGUGCUUUCCCACUAUGAUGGGGAAUACUCCUUCUGCCACGCGGGGAAGAAGGUGCCCCUGCAGGUCGUGAGGAGACCCGAGAAGAUUGGCCUGCUGCUGGACUGGCCGAGUCAGACGCUGAUGUUUUAUGAGCCGGACUCCAGUGCUGUACUCCACUCUGUCACACAUCACUUCAGCGCCCCGCUGCUGCCGGCGUGCGCGGUGACGGACCGCAGUAUCACCAUACUGCACUGACAGACCACACACACUGCCAAACAAAAAUAACUGACCUUAAACAUGUGAAGAAAUGUAAAUAUGAUCAACAGAUUAAGAUCCUCCGUCUGUGCAAUCAUGACAGGCCUCAGUUGCUAUUUAUUCCAUUUCCUUUUCCAUUUGUACCACUGAUUUUUUUGGAAUGUUUGUAAUUAUUUAAUAGAUUUGUUUAUCCAUAGAUUUGUUUAUCCAUAGAUCAUUAUACAAUAGUGCUAUAGUACAGUAUUGUUUGACUGAUGAUAUUUUUUUUUAUUAUUAAUUUUAUUUUUGUUUUUGUUAGAAAUGUUGUUUUUUUUCUCAUCUGGUUCAUCCAGGCCUGUGUGAAGUAAGAAACUCACUCGAUACUUUUUAGUAAAACAUUUUUUUUACAGCUCGAUUGACUUUUCCUGGCCAUGCAAUAGACAUACACAAGGUAUGUUUUGUAUUUGCCUUUGCUGUAACAUUUUGUCUGAGUUGCCAGAGUUUGUCUUUUUUAAUUUUUUUUUGUCCCAGUAGGAUUUAGGCUUUUAUGCGCAUUUGGAAAUCAUACAUUACAAGUUGUCCUGUUGGAGCUCAGUAGAAAAUUCAUUCUUGCUAUUACAGCAGAAAAAAACCCAAAAAUUCUGAAUCUUCUAAGAAGUUGACCACUAGAUGGCAGCAAAGUCAAAUCAAGCCCUCACUGCCAGCCUCAAACCUGAAUCACUCAACAGAUGAUGUGCAGUUGAUGAGUCAGGAGG